GAGAAUGCUCGAGCCGGUCCAGAAGGAUGGGGCCGGGAGCCUCACCGGUCGCCAGAUCAAUAUCCUCAUCGCUAUCGAGCGAACCGGUGCGGGCUUCUCCAUGGUGGCCAUCGUCCUCACGCUCGUCACUUUCGUCUCCUUCAAGAAGAUGCGCACCAUGCCAAACUUGUUCAUCGUCUUCGCGUCCGUGGCCAACGCCGGCGCCAGCAUCGCGUCCAUGAUAGGAUACGACGGCCUGCUCCGAGGCGAGAGCUCUACCUUGUGCCAGGCACAAGCCUUCCUUAUGCAGUGGUUCAUGCAGUCGGAUCCUUGGUGGUCCUUUGCCAUGGCUGUCAACGUCUAUCUCGUCUUCUUUCACAAUGCGGACCCAUCAUCCUUCCGAAAGUAUUUGUGGGUAUAUUGCCUGGUAUGCUUCGGCGGCCCGAUGGUGCCCGCCGUCACCCUUCUUGCCAUUCGCGAUGAUGUUCGUGGGCCUAUAUUCGGUGAUGCCGUGCUGUGGUGUUGGAUCGGCCCCAACUGGUCCCUCCUGCGACUCUAUGCAUACUACAUUCCCAUCUGGAUGUGCAUCCUUCUGUCGGCUGUCGCCUACUCUGCCGUUGGGUAUCGUGUCUUUCAUUAUCGCAAUAGGUUGAUAAGCCUAGGCAUCGAAGGGCAUGAACAGCCGCGGAAACCCUCGCGGUCAGGGAGUGAGGGAGACUCGGCAGAAGAGAGCCUCACCCGCCGCGGAGACGCCGCCUAUGGAGUCGUCGUCACCGAGGUUCAUGUAACGACCGGAAACACGACCGCUGAGCAGGACCCGCCUCUGUACCCGCCAGCAACAUAUCAUCCCGUCGGUAUUACUGAUUACACCUUUGAUCCAUCUUGGAGUGCGCUGCUGCCUCGAGACGCCCCCGGUUCCCGCGAUGGCCAAGCACAGCACCACUUCGAAACGAUUUGCACAUCGGAGAACCGCCGACAACCGCGCUCUGCGGCUCUGAAAAGUCUCCGCAGCACCGUGGCGCGGGCCUCGAUGAAGCUCAAGCGACUGGACCCGGUCAAGAUGGCGUACCUGCGCACCAGUUUCAUCUUCGCGUUUGCCGUGCUGAUCACUUGGAUCCCCAGCUCCAUUAAUCGGCUGUACAGCAUCACGCACCAUGGGCAAAUCAGCUUUCCUCUCAGCGUCGCCAGCGGGUGCGUGCUGCCCCUGCAGGGUGUAUGGAAUGCCAUCAUCUACUUCACGACGAGCUAGGGCACCGUUCGUGACGAAGUGAGGGCUCUCAAGGCCAGAAGAGGCUGGCGUGGCCAUGAUGCAUUUGGCUCGUCGACAAGGCUCGAUAGCCGCGCGGAUAUUUCAGUAAACCACCGGGUUAGGUUUGAUGGAUGUCACGGUCAGGCGCUACGGACUGGAACGGACGGAUGCGAGAUGGGUGAUUUGGCAGUCCCGCAGCAGGUGUUUCGACGAAACGACUCGAUUAGAUACGCGAUCUGAUUGUUUGAAACAUACAGCACGAGAGAGAUUUGAGUUGGGAGCUGGAAAAUACCGGGAAGCGGCUAAGUCAGGGCAAUCAAUGCAUCCAUGCGUGGAAUAGCGGCGCCAUAGGACUAUGAUGGAAUCAACCUGUCCGGGCUAGCGAUUGGGCUGAUCUGCCCAAGCGUCGCGGAAACAUGAU